AUGUCUGGCACCGAAGCGCUUGAUACUUUCGAAGUGAUCGCCAACUCUGUUCGUGCAAGCUUGGCAUCGAAAGAUCAUUUGCGAGAGUGUAACGCAGAGAUUCAUGCCUUGCAGAAGCGCGGAGAUCUUGCGGCAGCCGGAAUGGCUCGAUACGGUCCGAGAUUGCAAGAUGAGUGUAGCAAUCUCCAUGCCACGCUUGAACGGAAUAAAGAGUACGCUGUGACGAGGAAGUUGGAACUCCUCGUCACACGUGAAAGGCUGCUGAAGGAAUCGCGUGAGCACAGCGAGCGCUGCACGAGUGCAUGGUCGAGAAUAGGCCAACAUGCUGCCGUAUACUUUGACCGAUGUCUUGCGGCCGGGUUCCGCGAACCGUGGUCACUCCCGGAGGGCGCAUGCAGAGAUCUGCGAAAGCUCUUGGACCUGCUCGAGCUGAAUAAGAAUGCGAAAGCGCAGCUGCGCUCGUUACGUUACAGAUUGAUAACAGCACGCAAUGCUCAAUGGAGGGCCGAGAGAGAAAUCGAAAGCGUCCCUCAGGUGCUUCCAGAUGCUCUUGGACAACAUCUCGACUCAGUUCGCAGAAAGAACCUCAUCACGGAGAUAGGAAACAUCCAAGCUGAAUUCGAUGCGAUAGAAACCGAAGUGGCAGACAGGAGCGAGGUGACAGAGGCGACGUCGCGCGAGUGGUCCUUGAGUGUCCUGAGCGAAUUCUUGGAAGCCGCCGGACGUUGCAUAUUCCCAGACAAGCCAGCGAGCGAGCCAAGUCGAGACCGCUCGGAAAUGAGCGGAGAGGCGAAGGGAAUUCAGGACUCUUUUGACGAAGUGACGAACCGUAUUCCCGAUCCCUUGGACGAAGAGGCAGAGCAGGGUCCCGACUUUGUGGACGAAGAGGAAGACCAAGCUCCAGACUUCGAGUAUGGCACUCCAGAUCUUCUCCAAGAGUACAUUAUUGAGCGCGAUUACCUAGAGGAGGCCCAGCGGCGUGCUGGCGUAUACCUAGCGCGCGAGCAAGAUGAAGUAACACGAGCAGAACGUAUCAUGACUUUUGGGAGAUCCAGUCUAGCCUUCUUCGCCGAGCGCUCGAAGAUGCGAGAGACAGGCUUCUGGCAUCAGGAGGAGAAAUCCCACGAACCCCUACUCCAGAACAGAAGAAUCCGCUGA